AUGUCACCAUCUACUACUACCAAUGCUAAAACGAAGCGGAAUCCUAGAAGAGCCGCGAAAGAUCGAUGGGAGGAGCAGAGGGUAAUGACGAGCACGACGUCCCCCUUGGUUGAUGCGGAUUUAGUGGGACUGCUUGCCAACCCUCAAGCUUGGGACUGUCUCGAAGAGAGCGAAAAGCAAGAGAUCAUCAGACUUCUUCCGGAUGGCGUACAUCCGGACCCUAACCCGCCAUCUGAGGACCCCGAUGCGAAGAUACCCCCAAUUCCGCACGCUUUCUUACGCUACUCGAAUAACUGGCGCGAAGGUAUUCGGCAAUUCCAAGCAGAGCUGGAGAAUGGUUACCAUGAUCCGGAAUGGUUGCGCCAGGCCAAGCUGGCCAUGGAGGAGAGGGCCGCGGGCAGGUUUGACAGGUUCAAGGAGGAAGAGUUCGAGGAGUUUUGGGGACAGAAACAGAGGAUGGACAAGACAUUGGUGGCAGGGCAAAGCUCCCAGGUGAAAUUGAAGACACUGAUCGAUCACAAUGUUGUCCGCGAGGGCGAUGUCUGGAAGUAUUCGCGAUGCUUUUCCAAAGGUGCCGACAGAGUUCUGGUAGAGAAGGAAGCUAGGAUUGUGGGCAUUAAUGGCGCGCGGCUGAACUUCAUCAUUCCUCCCGGACAGCGUGUAUUUCUCCCAGCUGUCUCAAGCGGGUACACACAAAAUCAAAGCCAUGCGGAUGGGUUAAAAGCCGAUGUAGAAGCUGGCGACCAGCAGCAAGAUAGUAAUGCUGCUGAAAUCGACUAUAACGUCCAAUUGAACGCCAGCGGAACGACAGAGCCUGUCUCUCCUAAGAAGCGCAAAUGUGAAGAUGAACACGGCGACUGCAAACGACAGCGUUCUAAGCCUCCAGAAGCCAAUGACCAAGCGGCAUCUUCUAGCGAGUUGCCAACCGAAGCGGCCGCAGAUACCGUCAGCCCUUCAACGGCGGCGGAGGCCGUUUCAUCCGCCGAGGCUGCAGCAAUCUCCACAGCGUCAAGUGAGAAGCCGGAAAGUGCGGGCGAAGCAUCAGAGGAACCGCCCGUAUCAGUGCCUGAUGCCCCCCAGGAAUCGACAAAAGAGACAGAAGAGACGGCUCCUGCGGACAUCCUCGAUGAGAGGAUGGACGGGAUUUUGGUUGAGAAUAUCCAGGGGCUUACCUCGCUUGCCUCCAAGAUUAUCGAAGUUGAUGGCCGUAUUACGGACAUUCCUAACGGGAAUGCUUGGAAAGAGUUCCGUGCAUACAGGAACAAUCAGGAUAUGGGGAGUCUAUGGGAGGUUAGACAAGCUUGGUUCCAACGUGCUAGGAAGUAA